GUUUUUCAAAACUUCUUGACCUCUUUAUCGGUGCAGGCACAUCGAGACCGCUCAGCGCACUCAACGACGACGACGACGAACGACUGAACCAGUGGCGGAAGCAUAGCAGCAAUGGCACAAGCAGAGCAAGUUUGUAUCACCGAGGUCCUCGAUGGGCGAAUCUACCUUGGAAAUCUGGCUGCAGCGCGCGAUGUAGAGCGUCGAAACCAGCUGGGCAUCACACGGGUUUUGUCUGUCUGCCCGGACUACCCGUCGGAGGGCGGUGACCACCACGAGGUUAUCGACGUCGAAGACGAUGAAUAUCAAGAUAUCUUGGUUCACCUGCCUGGAGCAUGCGCGUUCAUCCAGAGAGCUGUUGAUCGGCGGGAAAAGGUGCUCGUGCACUGCAAGAUGGGGAUCUCGAGGAGUGCGACGGUCGUUGCUGCGUAUCUCAUGAAAUCGCAAGGGAUGGAUGCGUCCACCGCGCUACGAUAUCUAACGCAAAAACGACACCAAAUCCACCCUAAUUAUGGGUUCAUCAAGCAGCUAGAGGCAUUCGAGAAAUGCAAAGACGAGGAGAGCCUGGGUCCUUUGAACCCCGUGUACAAAUCGUGGAAGAGGCGGCAUAGGCAGGAUGUUACCUGUUAUUUGAACCGACUGGAGGACGUGGCCCUGAUCAUUCCUGAUCGACUGAUGCUCAUGAGCCAUUUCCCUGAGGACGAGCAGCAAGGCCGAUCGCUGCUGGCGAACAUUGGGAUCACCCACCUCGUUACGCUCUCCCCUGCGGGCAGCAAACUAUUACCCCGGGAUGCGCUGAAAGAUGCACACCACAUCGAGGUUCCUGAGGAAGACCCGGAUUCGGUGAUGGACUUGCUGUUGGGGGCUGUGACUUUCAUCCAACGAGCCGCUGAGCAAGAGGGUCGUUGGUUGCAACGGGACGAGCGACAAAUUCUGAGGAAGCUCGAGCUGUGGUCCAAGAAGGUUCGAGGUUUCUGUGUUGCUGUUCUGCUCGGCGAGCCCCCGGAAGCUUGGCAGCGUCGACUCAAGCUCCUCGACGAGCCCAGCUUCAAGCAGUCACUGGAGGACGCUCUCAGCGCUGCCACCGUGAGCACCGCUAGCGACGUUUCUGGCUCGAGCCCUGGUUCAAGUUCUGGACCAGGUACCCCCCGCGAUGGUGUCACUGAACCACUCUAUCUCCCGAAUCCCGCCGUGAUCACUGGCAAGCCGUUCAAGAUGGAGGGAGUUAUGGAUGCGCUGUCGGCCAUUCAGGAGGCUACGAAGAAGGAGUUUGCGAGUUCGCCUGUUGUUGCGCCGCGGAUUACUGCGAGUGUUGUAGCCUGA